AAUGAAUAAUAAUAAUAAUAGCAAUGGUGGUUUUCAUUUCACAACAAUCCAAACCAUCAUUGCAAAUCUUGGCCAUCAUUUUAGAAAACCCUAUAAGGAAGAUCCAUGAUUGUCCCUUCUUAUUCCCACUUUGCCCCUUAAUGCAGCAGAAGAAACUGCAGCAGAGAAAAUAAAAACCAACCAACCACAUUCAAAACAAUCAUUCACAUGACGCCAACAAGAACAUCAUUCAUUUCACAGAACCGAAACAUGAAAAAUCUUUCACUAGCCUCCUAAAACCAGCCGUCUUCCAUGCUUCCACAUGCAUGAUUGUUGUGUCAGAGAGAGGAGAGACACACAACACACGAUCCCUACACUACCCCCUCUCCUUUUUCUUCUUCUCCUCUGUUUUUCUUCUCAGACUUUGCUCUAUAAAUUCAAACCACAUUCUCCACUUUUUCCCACACUUCCAAUCACAAACUCACCCUUUUCUCCCCCUGCAACUUCCCUUCCAAACUCCAGUUUCUUUCUUCUAUCAAGGUUCUCAGCCAACCUCCUUCAAAAGGUUUCAGGAAACAGUUUCAUAGUAAUGGAAAGGCUGAACUCAGAGCUGUACUACCAGAACUGUCACAUAAUGAAAGAGAAUGAGAGGCUUAGGAAGAAAGCUCAGCUUCUCAAUCAAGAGAAUCAGGCACUACUGUCCCAGCUCAAGCAGAAGAUCUCAAAUGGAAACAAUGCUCCAAACACUACUCUUGACCUGAACCUUGGUUCAAGCUCCAGUAAAAAACCUUCUACUUCCAGCAAUUAAUCCUGUUAGAGAUGAAAGAGCAUCAUGACUACUCUAGGAGACUUUUUUUGUUUGUGCAGAACUAAAUUGAUCAAAGUAGUAGUUAUUUUGUAGUCUCUGGGGGUAUAGGGCAAUACUAGCAUUCUCUAUCAGGAUUCAAGGGUUAAGUAUGAAUUUCUGAACUACAUGGAUGUUUGAUGUAUCUGGCUAUCUGCUACAAAGGAAUAUAAUUAAGUUUAUGUAAGUUAA